UGUGAAAUACUGGAACACAAGAGGAAUACAAGAACCAGAAUGUCCUCUGUUUCUACCUCGUCGCUGUCAGAGUCAUCAGAUUUUGUGGAGUACUCUCAGGCGCAAUCCUCCACGGUAUCAUCACAGACACAUGAGGAUACGAGAAGAAAAGUUUAUAUCAAAAAGAAAGAUAGGAAGGCUAGUCACAAUCAACAGAAUAGCUUCAUCUGUGCUAAUGAUGAUGAAGGGAGCAGUGACUCUGAUACUUCAAUAACAAACUCAACAAUGUCGACUUCAUAUUCAUUACAAUCGUACGAGUCGAGUUAUGGUUCAUGCAACUCUACACUCUCGAGUGGAGCGUCAUCGCCUGUCCCAAGUGAUUCUAACUCAUCAGACGAUUUCAAGUCAUCGCAUUGCUCAUCAGACAGUUCAAAUCUCUCGAGUGAUUGCGUAGAUGAGCAAUCAUAUUCAAAAGAUACAUCGAAAACUGCAGGUCAGAAGAUGAUAGAAGAAGAGUUAGCGUCUGAAAAUUUAUUCAAUUCAAAUUGCAUUGCAAAGGAUAUUAAAUUAUACAAUGAAUCUAGAGAACGUGAUCAGAAUCAUCUUCCGGAAUGAAAAAUUUCAUAAAAAUGUACAUCCAAAUGAAACUUAAAUAUUUCUCUUUCAGAACGUAAUGAAUAAUGCACUUCUUGUAUAAUGGUAACUAAAAGUGCAAUAAAUCAUUGUAUUUUCCCGCAGAAUUUCAUUUCACGCGUUGAUAAUAUUUCCGACGCAAUAGCCGUUUAUUCAUCGAUACAAUGAAAAUAUUUCCCAAAAAAAUUAAUAAAUUGAUACAGAAUAUUUCUGUCCGUAGUAGUACCUCAGGAUUAACUAUAUUUUUGAAAAUUGCAGAGCUCACUAUUAACUAAUUCAG